GUUCCUAAUUUGAUCUUAUCAUAGCCUAUAUUGCGAAAGAUGGCGCUAUAAAGGUUUCGUGCGAUGGAGACGCGCAGCAGAUUCAGCAAGUAAACCAAAAAGAAAUAUCAGAGAACUUUAUUUCUCACGCGUCGAAUUACUCGUUUUUUAUGUAUGAUUUAGCCAUUCACAUGAACUUUCGCAGCUCUAUGUAACUGCAGCAGGGGAGAUGAUAAGAGGCACUAAAACUAAAUACGCCAUGAAAGUUGUAUUGCAACAUGUAAAAAGUGCAGUCAACAUAAAGCUCACAGGUCAUUACUUAGUUCAUUUUCAGAAAAAUCGAUCGGCUAUACUCCCGUUCGCUCUUUGAGAUAUGCAAUACUAUCAAAAAGCAAAAGAUACACACUGUCAAUUCCUCCUUCUUCACAUGAUUAUUCAUUUUUGUUGUCAUCAACACCAACAGUAUGAAUAGGCGAAUGUAUUGUGAUCAUCGGAGGCUGAUAUUGUAGCACUAUUUCUGGCCAUUCAUAUUCAUCGCAUUGUUUCAUUUACGUGGAAAAUACAAGUCGUGGAAAAUAAAUAUAAACGCAAUAGAUGGCUGGUUCGAAGCGACGGCGUGAUGUAUGAUUUUUCUUCUACCGGGGUGACAUUAUUCGUUUCGGUACUAUUCAUUUAUCGUCUGUUGUUGUAAACACCAUUUGGUACUUGUAGAAUUCAAAAAACUACAGCCCAGAAUCAAGGAUACCAGUGAGCGCCCCCAACAAGCGACACUCGAAUUUCGAUUUCCGAGCAAAGUAUUGAUUCCAAUAUUUGCCUCGGGUUGUUCCGCUUCACAUGAGAACCCAGAUCCCAAGGACACACUCAAAUUCAUCCAAACGUCGAUGAAAUGUGGAAGCUCAAGAAGAUCCUCGCAAAUCGAUUUUCCUUGAUUUUCUUGAAAAUCCAUGCAGGCAUCACAGCUGUUUAUUCCUGUUCCAACGCAUGCUCCUUCCCGUUCGCAGAUGCGAGGUAUCAAAUCGAAUGCUAGAUCAUAUCCAUGUGGUCUAUUGUGGAUCAAUAAGAUUGGUAAAUAUUAGAAAAUCCGACCCAUCGGGCGUUUCACCCAUUCACAGAUGUACAAGCACCGCGCCAGUCAGUAAAAUCCCUCUUAGCUUCGUAUGUUGACAUUGAUUCCUUUAGUUGUAUCAUUUUAGUGUUCGUUCCUUUGACGGUAUUUUUCAUUGACUCGACUACAUCGAAAUAAAUUACUGAAACAAAGGGCCAACCAGGCCAAAAUAAUUAAACCAAAGCUGACGAGUACAUGAGGUGGUUCUCCAAACGCGACAAAAGUUCCAACGAGAAUAAACUUUACAUGAUAACAAUGGCACACUUUCUCGCUCCGAGCUCGCAUGGCACAGAGUAUCGCAGAUGCCAAGAGGUUCCAGUGGCGCAGUUGUCCACUCUGACCCUAACUGAUCUGGGAGGGAACAGUUUAUGUCGCAUUGACCUGCCUUUAAACCAAGACUGCAUUCUCUUUCGGACUGUGAAGCGUCACCUCGCGGCUGCCCGCGGCCAAGACCCUUCCUUCCUGUUGGGCCAAGGAGUUGUUUUGGAGCGGAAGACUUUUCUAGCAGUCGUUAACGCGAACAAAAGUGUCUUUCCAGUAGCAUCAUCCUCUUCUCCGCUCGAACAGCCGACGACGGAGGGCGAAGCUCGUGUUGAGCCAGGUCUCACAUCGCCAAAAAGACAAGACGCUUUUUCAGACGAAGUUGCAGAUGCCGGACCGCAUACAAUCAGUCAUGUUGCAGCUUCCGUUGAUAAAUCCGCAUGCACAGCAACGGAGGCCCGCUCAGAGCCGGAGGACGAGGAAAAGUGUAUUGUCCGGGACGGACGGUUUCCUAUCCCUCUCUGGACCACUGACGGGGCGCGUGUUCGUGAGAUCCAGGUAGUCUUUGAUAAUCGAGUGGAAAAGGCUUUUUCAUUCGCCAGAGGAUGCCUUCAGAUGAAUUCCGCAGAUGGACAGCAACAGUUUUUACACGAUUCCGAACUGGAGUCCUCGUGUCCGAGUGUGACUGAUCUCACAGUUGUUGUCCACUCAGCUGUACUGGAGGGUCCGUGGGAUGACCGUGAUCUGCCGUCUGAUAUAGACAUGAUGCAUUUUCCUCGCGGAUGUUGCUGCAACCUCGGAGAUCCGAGUAUAGAGGGAGGGACUUUGUGCCUUCAUAAAAUAUUGCAGGACUUGUAUCCGCCGGGUUUCGACACCACAUUUGGGACGUGCGACUUCGAAUUCCGUGAAGCUUUGGUGAAAGAGGCGGUAGAAGCAUCCGUGCGUUGGGACCCUUACACAAAUCCGCAGCUGAUUCAGAUGGGAAGCACGGCAGCACUUUUCCGUUCGAGCAAGGAUCUCUGCAUGCUUGCCUGCGAAAUCAACGGCCUCGCACUGCGAUACGCAACGCCACAACUACGGAACGACGCAGACCUUGUCCGAGUUGCUGUUGCAGCGGAUUGGCGGUCCUUGCGAUUUGCUACUGGGCACAUCAGGUCCUCCCUGACCUACGAAGAUAUUGCGCUCUGUGCCAUACGGCAAAACGGAUGGGCAUACAAGUACCUUCGUGGCGAACUUCGCCAUUGCCAUGCGCUCAUCAAGUUGGCAGUCGGACACAAGCCGUGGUGCCUGCGCUACGUGCCGGUGGAGCAUCACGCGUCAAUCGACUUAAUUACAUCUGCUGCAGAGAUAGACGGUGUCCCGGCUCUCAAAUUCUGUGCACGUCAUCUUCAAACCGAAGAACUGGUGAAAGCCGCAGUCGUGUCAAACGGGCUUGCGCUGAAGUACUGCGCACCAGAACUAUCCAGCGGACUCGUAGUUGAGCUAGCGUUACAGCAAAACCCUUACGCGCUCCGCUUCGUCAAUGAUAUCAAUCUACGCAGCGAGGCGGAGCUGCUGCUGAAACUUCUCGACGGGCCGAGUCCGAUGUUGCGGACCAACUGGCAUCAUUGUACAGACCAUCCUGAGUCGGUGCUUCAGUUAGGAGACGUGCAGGGCCGACACGAUGAAUCAAAAGCAAAACAAGGGCACACAAAACCGACACUGUUCAGCUCUCCCCAGCACCCCGGCGACUGCCAAAACGCGGUGGAUCGCGGUACGGAGGUAGGCUGUGCCCGUUUCCGCAAUUGUCUUCAGGGAUCACAUUCUGCAGCCAGUCGACGUGGAAGCAGCUGUGGCCUUGUUCUUCCGCGCCCGCGGACGCACCCAUGUAGAUGUUCCACGUGUCAACUAAGCCGUAUGAAACUCGAGCGCACUCCAGCCAGGUCGAAAUGUGGUGCCGCUCGCAAUGAUGAGACAUUCCGUCGGUAUGCUUGCCUAUUGCAGCGCUACAUCCAAGUAUCUGACUUUUGCGGCGACGGGGAGCACAUCUGCAACGCGGUGUGCCGACAGGAAAGCCACCGUUACCCCACUACCGACAUCCUCAAUGGAUACAGCGACGCCCUCUUGCACUACUUCGAGAAUCUGCAGGAGGAGGACUUCGACUCGGUUCCAGAGGAUUUCCCCACUCUGAUUCUGCAAAAUCUCCCUGCAGAGCAUGCUGUUCGAGAUCACGCGGAAAUCAUCCGUCGGUGUGUCCGCCUUGACGGCCUUUCGCUUGAGCACGCAAGUCCGCGACUUCGAUCCGACCGCGGUCUCGUAAAAGAAGCGGCAGCUCAAAAUCACGACUCGUUUCUUUUUGCCGGAGACGAACUCCGUCGGGAUCCGGAAUUCGUUGUGGAGCUCAUGGAACACGGAUGCGCUGAAAUUUUUUGGAAUGCCGAUAAGGAAUCCGUACAAGACUUGUUGCUCUGGGGAAACGGUGCGCCAGAGGUCUCUUUGCGGGCUUUUUGCGCGUGGCCUUGUCUAUUAGAAUUUGCGAAGCCGGAGUUCAAGCAAGUCAGCUUUCUUGUCCAGUCGGUUUUGGCAAUCGACGGCGAAGCGCUGGAGUUCGUGGACAUUGCUUUUCGGCGCACGAAGCACUUCGUCCACACGGCCAUGAGAGCAGGAGGCUUCUUGGUUCAUGCCGACAAGGCAUUCCACGACGAUGACCAUUACGAAAAUUUUGUUGAUGUUGUCCUGUCAUUGCAUGCACUCUAAUUCUUCUUGGGUCAUUACAUCAUUAUAUCAAGCUUUGCAUCUGAGGCUAAUAAGUAAACAGGUACAGGAAAAAUUCAGGUAAAAACCAGGGAGCCUGUCGACGCUAUUGAGAGACGUGUCUAUAUGCAUUUGCAACGCAACUGCGCACCUGCAAUUGUGUACUUAUUUUCCUCACAGUUGAGGUGGUAUAGUGCUUGUUUUCUCCAACCAGGAUGCAAAGACAGAGUUUUUUUUUUGGAUGAGAAACUGAUACGGGAGCAAAUAAUUUCCAAUGCAGCGAAAUUCAAUGACGUACCGCGAGACGGCAAGUUGAUGCUUACGACUCGCCUUCAGCCCUACUGGGAACGGUUGAUGAGCAGGAGCACGAGCAAGAUCUGCAGAGACGCAAUCCUGUUGGAAGCUGCCGUGCGCCUCGGCAUCGCAGCCUUGGAAAACAUUCCCCUCGAUCUUUCCCACGAUCUAUUCCCGGGAAUCGUUCAUAAUCUAUGCAAACAAAUACGGCUCACAAGGGGUCUUCAACACGGCUAUACCGUGGCAAAGCAACUCACCGACAUUCCGCCCGCGAUGCAGGACGAUCCCUUGGUCCAAUGCGAGUUUUACGUUGAAGCGGUGGCACGUCGGGGUCGAAACCUCGACCGAGAAACGAUCCUGAUUGGACUGGUCACGACGCAAGCAUUUUGUCAGUCAUUCUUUGUCUACAUGGAGCUCGAGGAUGAAGACUCCAUGUUCUACUCGUCGAAGGAAGCUGCUGAAGAGUACGCGCUUCUCACACUCUCGCAGGCUCCGUGGGGUGCAGAAGUUUACUUUUUGUUUCCCCGUGCCGUUCGUGAGUGCGCCACAAUUCAAGAUGCUUUUUUCACUCUGUGUGGCGAGCCGCUGGAAAUCGGAAACUUGGUGGGGUUCGCUUUGAUGCAUUGCACUGAGCUUGCAAGAAACCGGUGUACGAAAUCAAACGGAGCGUGGUCUACGUAUGAGCGAAGCCGUAAAAGUGCCGUUCCAGAAGUCACGUGGAACGCAGGUGGGCUUCGCAGCCCAACAGAGCAAUAUCUCAGAUUACGCCUGCCCUCGUGCCACAAGAGCCCUGAGAAAAGUGCGCUUCUUAGCACGGCGGAUGCGCGUAGAAACAGAUUGGCUGCGCCACCAUUUCCCUAACCUCAGUCUUUUUCAGACCUAUGUGGAAUCAAGACAAACUGGCAGGCGAAGAAAAGUAGUUCACAGCAAGGCGAUUUCCGUAUCCUAGAUGAAAUUUCGUUAUUGAAAAUAGGAUGCGUAUUAUAGCGUUUUCCUGAGACCUAGACCUUUUCUUGCGCAAUACCAGUCUGCACUCACAGCUCCUUUCGAUUUCGCCAAACGGCAAAAUCAGUUGGCGUUUCAGCAAGUGCACGUGCAGGGUACGUAUGUAUGAUAGGCGGACGUAGAUAGUUUUUCUUUUUUCACUACUCAAACCGACACCUGACACUGACUCGUAGCGUCGCUCCUGUAUGAUGAUCAUAGUGUAAAACGCAAUAAAGAAGCAAGGCGGAGCCAGCUAACUACGCAGGUGAAUGUGGAUGAUUUCAACAUAACCACAAAAUAGACUUUAUUUUUCUAGCGGAGAAGAUCGGCGCUCAGCUGCUCUCGGGCUGGAGGAGGGAGUGGUGCGCAGCAGUCCGCCAAAGGGCACACUGCCAACAUCAUCAGCAUCGUCUCACUCUUGCUUUAACUACAGGGGCUUCGUCUAACCGGGCUGAACAGCGGUGCCUGCCAUUUUUCCACCACGUUCGUCAUAGGGCUACACACUCACGAACACGAUGGUGUUCUAUCACUAAUAUGAUUAUGAGGCGCCUUCCUUACAGCUUUCUUCGGUGACUUGGUGCGACUGUGGCUUUGUAUCUAGAGAAUCUGUGAAGUACCGGUGGCGCUGCGUUUCAUUGACGUGGUUGCAACAGAGGCAAGGACCUUCAAUUCUUGCGAUGAUCCCGAUCAUGUCAAUUAGGUGAGAUUGAUUUGUUCACUCAAGAUCAUAACGCUCUCAGACGCCAUCUUAUAUAUUUUCAUAUCAACUGACAAUAGCCGCUUCAUCAUCCCUGCAUGAAUGGCACUAAGUUAUUUCUUUCGCAGGAAGUCGUGUGGUCAUCCUGUAGCUUGCUAGAAGUGCGCUUCUUGUUUCAUGUUGCACAACUUGUAAAUGAAAAGACUUGACUUCGACCACGAGCGUGCUUUCUCUGAUCGCAAGUGGUCCCACGAUAAAUGAUCUACUUCAGAUGGUUUUCGUUGUUGAGCUCUCUAUGGAUUUGCGUUGUUGUAGAUCCGAAUAUCUUGAAGAAUCGCAGUUGUGGAUCGAGAUUUAGCAAUUCUUGUUCCAGUCGGUCAAGUCCAAACAUCACCUCGUACCUUGACUGCGACACAUUCAUUUUGUUUUCCUGCUUACGACAACUCCUGUCCUGUCCUACGACAACUGUCUGUAGUUUCUGCCCCGCUCGAACUAAUCAUCAUUGUCUGUAGCUUCCAUAGUGCACGUGCGUCUGCAAGAUCUCUACCUACACGACAGUGACAGAGACUAAGCUCUUGAUCGGUGGAAAAUGCAGACUCCAUCAAGUUUAUAGCUUCGCACCUGGUGCACGAUGAAUAAAUUUGUUUCCAUUUUAAGUCGGACGACAAAUCAGUCCAAUAGCAUAAAUACAAAAAAUAGAAACGGAGCAAGCAUCGUUUUGUUUGUGCUCCAUGUUUGCACUUGCACCUUGUGGCCUGGGGCUUAAUCUCAGAGAUGUGAUUGGUGUAGGAAGUUGCAGCAUAUCGUAAAAUGCAAAAACUUGAUCCCCGUCCUCUAAAUUUUGCCGAGAGAGACCGAGCAGAUAGAAAUAAUGAUCUUUGACACCGGCUCGACACGUAGACGUAUUCAUCUUUUUGCGAUAGCUAGGACAAUGGUCGCCGAUACGUUGAACUCAAAUCCAAGGCAAAGACAUGGUGAUCAAAAGACGAUCCCGAAAGCGUUUCAGCGACCUCGGUAUCGUAUCUCCACUUCGAAAUCGUUUUGCGCCCGCAUUCAUAUUAAUUGCCUUAGAAGAAGUUGGACUAUCUACUUUUAGAUUUCGUUUAUCCCAACUACAUUCCUCGACUUCCACAUAAUUUCUAUUUUGCGUUGUGUACACUCCUCCCACACAGAAAAUUGGUAUGUUUUUAUGCUCCUCGGAAUAUUUAUAGAAUGAUCCAAUUCGUCAAUCAUUCGGUGGAGCCACCUGUGUCCUCAUACCAACACACUUCAAGCGGUUCACAUGAUGUGUGUCUGGUUGAAAACAAACCGCAACCCCACGAGGUAUUGACAAUUUUUGAUCUUGGUGGAAAUAGAUUGAGCCAGAUAUCCUUGGCGCCACAGCAGGCUGAAUUGCUUUUUAGGGACAUCAAAACCCAUCUCCUCACUUCUCUCGGUCAAAUAGAGAGCUUACUUGGCAUAGGAGCCGUGUUUAGCAAGGCGCUCGUCGAGAGAGUAUGCACUUCGCGUUGCGGAAUCACCAAGACAGAAAAAAUCCAAGCUCCAGCAAGCGAGGAUAGAGGUCUACAUCUUCUUGUCGCAGACGGGCCAGGCGAGCUUGACGGAAAGAUCGCCGGAUCUAGAGUCCAACAAAUGCCGGAUGACUCGGCAGCGGAAUGUGAGGAAAGUGCAUGCGGGUGUCCGUCUUCGGGCUUCGGCUCUUCCAGCAACAACGCAAUGGCGAACGGGACGCGCGCGGAGAGCAACUGCAUUGUCUGGGAUGGACGCUUCCCUAUUCCAGUACGAGGAGAUGUGAAUGGGGUUGCGGAACUUCAAGUUGUAUUUGAUGCCCGGGCGCAAGACGCACUUACACAUGCGACGGAGGUGCUGCAGCUACAGAGCACGAAUCUGCAAGAGCAAGACGAAUUUUUGCACAGGGAUGCGGACGCUUCUUUUUCGUGGAACGUUCCUGCCGGUGCCAUGGCUGCACACGGCGAUGUCGAAGACGACACGUGGGACGACUAUGAUCUUGCAUCUGAUGCCGACGCUCAAUAUUUUGGCGGAUGCUGUUGCAGACAUGGGGGAACACGUUAUGCAAUGAGCGAGGGAACCUGCCUGAUGAAAAAGAUACAAGAAAUUUAUCCGCAGGGGAGUGUGACUUUGAAUUUCGCGAAGCUUUGGUCAAACUUGCUGUCGGUUGUUCUGUCCGUUGGGAAACGGGGAAUCCGCAAGUGAUCGAGAUGGGUGGCAGCAGCCGGCUUUUUCGGGCAAGUCGCGACCUUAGCAUGUUGGCAUGCGGAAUCAAUGGGUUGGCACUGCGAUACGCGACAUUCGAUCUACGCAAGGACCCUGAAGUCGUGAAGAUUGCCGUUGCCAAGGACUGGCGCUCGUUGCGAUUUGGCAGUGUCGCAAUUCGGUCUCAGCUUGAACACACAGACAUAGCACUUUGCGCAGUAAAGCAAAACGGCUGGGCAUACAAAUACCUGCGGGGUGACCUCCGGAAGAGUCGUGAACUUGUUCAACUAUCCGUUCAACACAAACCGUGGUGCCUACGCUACGUCCCGCUAGAAUACCGAGCUGACCUGAAAAUUAUCACGGACGCGGCGGCGGUUGAUGGCGUUGCGGCGUUGAAGUUUUGCGACCCCGCGCUCCAAACAAAAGCGCUACUAACCGUCGCGGUACAGUCAAACGGACUGGCGCUGAAAUAUUGCGAAGCUGACAUUUUGGACAAGUCAAUCGUGCAAGUUGCGCUAAAACAAAAUCCAUACGCACUCAGAUAUGUGACUGGCGAUGCGAUGCGCAACGACCUCGACCUGUUGCGUUCACUUUUUCGUGCCCCAAAUCCAAUGCUGCGGACCGAUUGGCAUCUUCUUCCAGGACAGUGUCUGCCAGAUGAACGCUUUGGAAGCGGGAUGUGCGAACGCCAACGCUGCAUGAGCACGGAUUGCGAUACUGCCCAUGUUGGCUGCUCUCUGGAACAGCACGAAGAUCUUCUUCUUCUGGACGGCGCGAGCGGCCAUACGGUGCGCAACACGAGGAACAACCAGAUUCAUACGAAAUCUCCUUGCGGUAUCGCGACGCAGGUGCGACCUUGCUCUUGCUCGAGUUGCCUCUUGUCGCAACUCCGUUUUAACGACACCAGCCGCUCUAGCAGUUGCUACAAGCACAAUCAAACAAGGCGUCGCCACACGUGCCUAAUGCAGCGCUAUAUUCACGUUCCCGACUUCUGUGGAGAUGGGGAGCACGUAUGCAAUGCGCUUUGCCACGAGCUAGGGCACAUAUAUGUCGAAUUUGAGCCGGAGCCCAACCAGUUUCUCGCGCAACAUUUUGAGCAGCAGCAGGAAGAGUCCUUUGGCUCGGUUCCGGAGGACCUCGGUGUCCUGGUUCUUCGAGACUUCUGCAAUAAGGAUGUCUGCGACGACGACUGUAUUGUUCUCUCUUGCGUUCGUUUGGACGGGCUGUGCCUCGAGCACGCGAGUUCCCGCAUCAGAGGCGAUCGAGGGCUUGUCAAGGAGGCAGUCGCGCAGAAUCACGACGCCCUGCUCUUCGCUGCGCAACAUCUCCGUGAGGACCCGAUUUUCGUUGUGGAAUUAAUGGAAGAAGCCUGCGCAAAUGUGUUCUGGAAUGCCGACAAGUUGGCAGUGCAGGACGUUUUGCUGUCGGAAAAAGGAGAGAGAAGCCUGUCCCUCCGAGCUCUGAAGGCGUAUCCCGGUCUACUGGAGUUCGCCAGUGAGGACUUCAAGCGCGAUCGGUCGAACGUUGCAGCGUUGCUAGCGAUCGACGGCACAGCCCUUCAGUUCGUGGACUCGUCAAUGAAGCGCGACAAAGACCUUGUGCGUGUUGCGCUGAACGCUGGUGGAUUCCUUUGGCACGCCGACAAAUAUCUCGAAAAAGACCCCGAUUAUGCAUGGCAGUAUCUAUUUUUCCCCUCUUUUCUUCUACGACUUGCACUUGGUCACAUCGCUUCGCGAAAUUGAAUCAAGAGAAUGCUUGGCCUCCGUGCUGCGCUAAAAGAAAUGACAGGUCAAGCGCUGGUCUUCAUUUGCAAUGCAGAUCGCUGGUCUUUGUGUGCGAUUCGUUUCUAAAAAAAGGCUAUUCCAGGCAUGAUUCGCAGCCUGUGAGGUGCGAACGCUUCGACCGUCCACGUUAGAAGCGCGAGCGCUUCGCUAUGCCCGCAAGCAAAACAAGCAAGCACAAUUUUGAAUGGUGGGGUUAGAUAGGUUUCUUUAUUUUUGUUUUGCAUAACUGCUUGUUGCGGGAACAAAUCAUAUCACAAGCUGCAAAGCUUGCCGACCCUUUUACGCCUGUGCGGUGUGAUGGCUGGAUGGUCAAAAGGAACGAGUUGUACUUUCACCCGACCCCCUAUUGGGAGCACGCCAUGGCUAGUAAGGAAGACGCCUGCUACGAUGAUGUCCUGCUUCGUUCUGCCUUGCAACUCGGGCUUGCAAGCUACAAGGACAUUCCAGCAGAGCUAGUGCAUAAUCCGUCAGUCGUGCACGACACACUGACAAAGUUGCGCCGUGCACGUGGACUUUUGCCCCUAGUCGAAUACCCCCAGCACCUGGCUGAUAUUCCCUCUGAGAUGCAGAGCGACCCUUUGGUGCAGUGUGAGUUCUAUGUUGACGCCGUCACUCAACGUGGCCGGAAUCUAGACCACGACACGAUUCUGACCGGGCUGAGGACAACGCAAGCAUUCUGUCUGACUUUUUUCCUGUACAUGGAAACGGAGGAUGAAUCGUCCGUCUUUUUCUCAUCAUCUGCAGACGCAGAAAAGUAUGCACUCGUAACUCUUCGUGACACCAGCUGGGGUGCGGAAGUAUACUUCUUGUUGCCAAAGCUUGUCCGCGAUUCAGCAGCAGUGCAGCAUGCUUUUUUUCAUCUUGUAGGUGAACCACUUGAAGUCGGAAACAUGCUCGGGUUUGCCCUCCACCACUGCACAGAGCUUGUUAGGAACAGGUGCAGCGUCUACAACGGAGCAUGGUCCAAGUUCGAACGAAGCCGGAAAAGCUCGGUGCCAGAAGCCAGUUGGAAGACAACUGAGCUCGUGAGCUCAACGGAGAACUUUUUGCGACUGCGCUUGCCGGCUUCUCACACGAAUCCUGAAAAUGCUUGCCUUCUCAAUACGGCGGAGGCGCGUCGAGCCAGGGUGUUGGCGUCUCCAUUUCCUUAGGCACACGGACGACGGAAGAAGAAACGAGCAAGUUCCGAAUUAUGGACGCAGUUCGGGCACAGACAGCCUUGUGCCGAAACUACAGUCCAAUCUGUUUCCACCAAGCUUUGACUUUGCGCUGCACGAUAUAGGACAAGAACUCUGAUUCAGACCAGCUUCUUACGGCAUACGAACGAGAACUUUGAUGAUGAUAGAUUUCCAUUCAGCGGAUGGCAGUUUCUAUAGUCGCAAUUCUUGUAUAAUAGUUUUACUUCAACAGGAUAGAGAACAAGACGAAGCUACGAACAAAUUUGAACGCAAGUUGUGCACGUGGAUAAUUCUGAUGCGAGGGAAGAAAACUGAAAUGAAACAAACUGUCGAGAUGGUUUCGUCUUUGCUCGAUUUCCCACCCUGAUUCCGUGGCGCGUCGGCUAGGUGCAUGCCCGAGGUAUGGCAGGCUUCACACCCGGAGCGCGUCCUCUGGUUGGAGUCAUUUCUCGAGGUAAGGAAGCAUCGAGAAUGAAAAAUGUCGAACAUCUGAGAUCAUGCCCCCGCGGCCGGUGAAUAGAUCUAGAAGCUACAGUUUGGCUUUGAUCAUGCGCAGCUCUUUGUAGCCCGUGUUAUGCAAUGUUUUACAUGAUCUAUCUCCCCGCCGCACAGGCCCUAAUCCAUUAUUAAUAAUUAACACUUAAUUUCUUUGCCCAAGCAAAGGAUCCUUGUGCAUUUAUCUCGCCCGCAUCCACAUCGUGAUCAGGCGUUUUAUUCAUCAUCAUGUGUCUUGCAAACAAGUUUUCUCCCCAAAAACGUCCAGUCGAGCAAUAUUCCGCUCACCAUUAUUACUUACACUCAGCCACCGUGCUGCUCUAUCUUUGUUUGAGAACGGAGAUGAUGUUGCAACAAAAGGUCGCCGAUAAAUAAGCCACUUUUAGCGACGUUCAGGUUUGUACAUCUGCGCUUUCCCACUUUAUUCUGCAAUAGCUAGGCAGUUGCGAGCUUUUUUCUCAAGGGCAAUCAAUCGCCUGAUUGUUUUCAUUCGUGUCAGAGGUCAGAGCCCGACAAUGCGCGCUAAGAAACAACAACCUCCGGGUCCGGCAGAGGCAGAUCGGUGGGAUGAGGGUUCUGGCACUGCGGGAGGUACAAAGUGCCUGAGAAUCAACAAUCUUGCGGGUAACACUAUCAGCAAGCUUUUUGUUCCAUCUGCGACUGAUUACGUGCAGCUGCGGCACGUGAAAAAACAUCUUGCCAGUGUUUUGCCAGAUCGGAGCUCGCUUGUCGGAAUAGGAGCAUUGGUCCAGCAAAAAGUCAUGCGCAAGCGUAAAGGCGUGGCAGGGACUGUUGCGGGUAGUUCGGAAGGUGCUGAUGAGAAGGAUCGGUCGCCGGUAUCUCCAGCUCAUGAGGACAAAGAUCUGGCGCAGCCGCAAGUGGAGGAGCCCGACCCUGUUGCACGACCUCAAGCUUGUAGUGAACACAUUUCUGGCGCCGGUGAGUCCGUGCUCGCAGAACCACUUGACCCGGCCUCCGACAACGAAGACAGAGCUUCAUCGCGAAAGGCUACUUGGCUCGUCUGGGACGGACGUUUCGACAUUCCAGUGAGCUUCGAUGACCAGGACCAAUUGACAGAAAUACAGGUGGUUUUUGAUGACCGAGCACAGGCGGCGCUUGAAUACGCGAAAGAGAGGUUGUUCCGCAUAUCCGAUGAAGACAUGGAAUUUCUCCGGAAUCAAGCUCUUUUUGCAAACCCACCCGUUUCAGACUUCACUAUUGCCUCUGAGGAUGGCUACGUGGGAGGCGACGCCGCAGACAAUUUUGAACUCGCGGCGCAAAACAGCUACCACGGGGAUUGUUGCCAUGAUGAUGGCACAGGAUGUCUGCUCUUGAAAAUUAAAGAAAUGUACCCUCACGGCGUGGAUCCGAAACCCGUCACAGGAGAUUUCGAGUUCCGGGAGGAGUUGUCCAAGCUUUCAGUGGAGGCUUCCAUGCGCUGGAGGCAUUCCUCGAAUCCGAAGCGCAUUCAGAUGGGGAGCAGUUCAUCUCUCUUUCGCACGAGCAAAGAACUUACCACCAUAGCAUGCGAGAUCAAUGGGUUGGCACUUCGCUACGCUAUUCCAGCACUUCGUCAAGAUCCUGAAGUCGUCAAGGUUGCAGUGCAAGCUGAUUGGCGCUCAUUGCGUUUUGCAAGUGCCGAGCUUCGUUAGUCAUUGACUUAUGCGGAAAUCGCUCGGUGCGCGAUCCGGCAGAACGGCUGGGCGUACAGGUAUCUGUGUGGAGACCUUAGACAUUGUACGGAGCUGAUUCGCCUGGCGGUCGAGCACAAACCGUGGGUCCUACGUUAUGCUCCCGAACCGAACCGACACUGUCGAGAAGUAGUGACUGCAGCAGCCAUGGUGGACGGUGUCCCUGCGCUGAAGUUCUCCAACCCGCACUCGCAAACCAAGGAGCUGGUGAAAACCGCUGUGCGGUCUAAUGGCCUCGCGCUAAAGUAUUGUGCGCAAGAGCUAGUCGACACGUCCAUAGUUGAUAUCGCCCUGCAUCAGAACCCGUACGCACUAAGAUUUGUGCAGGACGCCGAAAUACGCAAUAACGUGGACGUACUGCUGAAAAUGUUUCGCGGUCCAAGUCCCGUUUUGCGAACAAACUGGCACCUUCCCACACCUCCGCCAAAACUAAAUAGCGACGACGCAAACAUGUGUAGGAGCGUCACGGCCGUGCCUCCUGAAGCGGGAACAUAUAGUCGAAAACCGAUCUACGCUUCGCCCUGGAGCAGCGAUGUUGAAGUUGAUGGGACAGCCAUGAAAUGUGGUUCUGGUGUUUGCGAGGAAGGAGCUGAAAGCGACAGAAACUGCUUGACUGUGGCCUCCACUAGUAAUUCUCUGUCAUCCAAGCGUUACCUUUGUUCCUCUUGUCGUGUGGACGCAAUAAAAGACCAUUACCAUACGCGAGUUCGCAGUUGGCACGUGCGUUAUGAGCCACUCAGGCGAACGGCUUGCCUUAUGCAGCGCUACAUCCACGUUGCUGAUUUUUGCGGAGACGGCGAGCAUAUCUGCAAUGCUGUGUGCUUCAAGCAGAAGCAUAUUUAUCCGGCCACCGCGGAGGGUGAGCACAGUCCGGUAUUGGAGGAGCGCUUCGCAAAUCUCCAAGAAGAGGAAUUUGACGAUGUGCCAGAGGACCUUCCGUGCCUCAUACUGCAAAAAUCGCCGUCGGAAGCUGUUUGUGAUCACGAAGAGAUCGUUCGGCGCUGUGUUCAGCUUGAUGGAUUAUGUCUCGAGCACGCGAGCGUGCGACUUCGUGGAAACCGUGCAAUCGUGAAGGAGGCAGUCUCUCAGAAUCACGAUGCCCUGCUGUUUGCGGCUGAAAAUCUCCGCACCGACCCAGACUUUGUACUUGAGUUGAUGGAAGGAGCUUGCAGGGAAGCAUUCUGGAACGCAGACGCGACAAAUGUGCAGAAAGUGUUACUUCAGACGAAGAGUAUGUGCGAUUUUCACAUGCGAGCUUUGCGAGCGUAUCCGUCUUUAUUGCAGUUUGCCCCAAACACAUCAAAGGGUGACCCCGCGAUUGUGCUGCCAAUUUUGAAGAUUGAUGGAACGGUCCUUGCCUUUGCAGACGGUGCAAUCCAAGGGAACCGAGAUUGCGUGGCUAUCGCAAUCGCGUCGGGAGGCUCUUUGAACGACGCGCAUCAAUCCCUGCGAACUGACCGUGAAUAUGCACAGAGAGCUGGCCCCUUGUUCUGCUCAACUGUUUUUUUAUUUCCAAUGGGUCUUUCUCGUCUUUACUUGCAAACAUAAUGACGAGGGCCGAUCAUGUACUAGCAUAAAAAAUUCAUGGCCAUGCAUAGCUGCGACGAAAAGAAUUUUGUACUGAACAACUUUGGUAGCGUUUUUUUCGGUCGGGCAUCAUGACAAAAAAUUAAGAGACAAAAGCACCCAGAUGAUUUGGACGAAAGACAUAAGGAGGCCAGCACUCUAUUGUGCAUAGCAAACUCGCAGCGCGCAUGAUUCUCGCUCACGCCGCGAAGCUUGACACACCCGGCUCCUGCCCGUGGGAGCUGUGCUACGCCGUCAAAGCACCUUGGGACCAAAUCAAGAAUGAUAGCAUUUGCACCGACCAUCCAGCCUUGCUGCAGGCUGCAAUGCGACUUGGGCUUGCGACUCAAGAAGAUGUUCGGCCGUUUUUGCACCGUUUUCCGUCCCUGCUUUACACGGCCUUGCCGCAAUUCCGUGCCACGUUCGUUGGUCGGGACAAUCCGGGCAAAACGUUGAACGGCCUUGAUGAAGUUCCUGCUUGGUUGCAAAACGAUCCGAUAGUGCAGUGUGAGUUUUACGUCGAAGCGGUGAGAAGGAGCCGACAAAAUCUACCCAGUUCCACGAUCAUCACCGGACUGAAGCGGACACAGGCGUUCUGCAUUGAGUUUUUCGUCCACAUGAACAUCGACGAUAAGGCCUCAGUUUUCUACUCGUCGAGGGAAGAUGCCGAACAGUACGCGCUAACAAGCCUAGAGGAAACCGACUGGGGAGCUGAAGUCUAUUUUCUGUUUCCAAAAGCCGUUCGCCACUCGACUCGGAUUCAAGAUGCCUUUCUCAACUUGUGUGGCGAACCACUAGAAAUCGGAAAUAUGAUGGGUUUGUGUUUGAUGCAUUGUACCGAACUUGUCCGUAUGAACGGGCGCAACAACUACGCCGGAGAUUGGUCUAUCUUUGAGAGGAAUCGUAAAUGCAGCGUGCCUGAAAUAAAUUGGCACACUAGCAGCGAAUACAGUCCUAUGACAAGGUGUCUCAGGUUGCGCAUUCCAUGGACGCACAUGAACCCAGAGAAGGCAGCUCAGGUCCAGAAUGCAAAAGAGCGACGCGAUUUCUAUUACUUCUUACUUGGUCUAGGUGCUUAGCAGUCUGCUUUUGGCUUCGACAAAAACAGUGCUCGCAGUCGGUCAUGUUGACGCAUUACUCGAGCAGAACAGGAGGGACUGACUGCAACCGUGACUGGUGGUGCUGACAGUACGCCUGCACAUGACAGUACGCCCGAACACUUCAGUACCAAAGUCGCCACACAUACCUUCUGAUAGAUAAUCUUACCUUGGCAUGGUUUUAGAAUAGUUUUACGCAACAAGAAACAAGCUCAUGUGGAUCAUUAUAUAUACCCCGACCUUGGCACGUGCUGCCAUUUCUUUUCUAGUCAUUACGCAUCAAGAAGGACUUUUGAAGGCUGUGCUCACACGUGUAUGAUGAUUUCCAUCCGACCCUGAAACUAAGAUUGAUUGCAAAGAAAGUGCAUGUGGAUGAUGACGAAGAUACGAGGACAAAAUAGGAACGAACCAUGUAAGUGUAUCGCUUCGCCUUUGCUCGGUUCGUGGCGCGUCGGCUAUGUUCAUUCCUGAGCCGGCUGGCUUCACACGAGAAGCGCCCCCUCUGAUUACAGGCGUCUUUCGAAAUGAGGAAGUUUUGCAAAGAUAUGACGAGCGCCAGCAGUGGCGUUGUUGCUACAUAAAUGAAAAAUCUCCAAUGACUGAAAUCAUGUGUGCUGCCGAUGAACAGAUCUAGAUACAAUGCCUCUCUCGCGGUGAGUAAGACUUGAACACAGUACUUAUCUAGAACGGGCGUGCGCUCCGCGCCCGCCGGCCCGGCGACGAGGGGGUGCAAGGGGGAGCGAGGGAGAAAGUUCCUACAGGGUAGCGCCUAGCGCUACAGCCUCAAACCAUGCUGGCACAACAGGCGAAAAAGAGAAACAGCAGCGCCCCUGGCGUACCUCCCUCGGUCGGCGGGAACGAAAGAAGUGCAGGUAGAGAGAAGGCCGCGAGGCACAGGGGGCGCUAGAGAGCGCACAGCCUAGCCCCUGUCCGAGCCGCCACAAACAGGUCCUGCGGAGAGCGUGCCAAGACCCUUUUCGAAGGCCCGGGAGGUUAAUCACAGGAAAGAGAACGAAAAGAGCGCGCCGACGGCCGAAAAACAGGAAACACGGCUAGCGCCAAGCAAAGACAAAGCAGAGCAGGCAGGGCGGCAGCGGGAAGGCAGGGCGGGCGUUGCGGGUGGUUCUCGUGAGAAACCUGACAGCCGCAAAAAAAGUAGACAGGCCUAAGCCCGCGCCCGGGGAAGAGGGAAAAUAAAGCCCUGGAAACGAAAGGAAAAGCGCCCAAAUAGGCCGAGGAGGCGAGCCGUAAAGGAACCGGAAGCACGCCCGGUCGCCCAAAGGGCGCGGGGCAUGCAAAAUCGGGCAGCCCCGGCGAGGCCGAAAAGCCCCAUCGGCAUGCGACGAAGCCCGGCCUGAAGACAUCUACGAGAGAGUGUUCGGCAAGGGGAGACCGCAGCCCCAGGCGCCGUGCCCUGCCCGAGGCCCCUUGACAGGCGGCCCGGGCGAGCUUUUGCUGGUCUAUUGUGUUUCCAUCGGGGAUUCUCGCCCGAGCUGCGUUGGCGGGUUUCCUCACUAGUGUUUUCGCUUUCCCCAAAGUCGGGCUUUUUGUCACUAGUGCCUCUACUAGUGGGCGCCUUCACUAGUGGCGCCUGUCACUAGUACCUUCUUCGCGUUUUUGUCACGCUAAAAACACUAGCAGGAUUUCUACUAGUACUCAUUUUUCUGCUAGCACGAUUCUACUAGCAGCAUUUCUAUUAGCACCUUGCACCCCCCCGCCCGCCAGAAUUUUUCCAAUAGUAUUAUAGAUAAUUGUGUGAGUGAGACUUGAGCACAGUACUUAGUGGGUCUCGAAUUUGGCUGCGCGACGGAGGCCUGUGCGUAAAUGAGAUCCUCCUGCGGUCACAUCUUGGACAAGACGUUUUGGAUCAUUUUGAGCGAUCUUCUGCGACUGGGUCGCAAGCUGCCAAGCAAAGCAUCGGUGAAUCACAAUGUGUAAUAUUGCCUCGGAGAGGCAUCAAAAUAGUUACCAAAACUGCGCAAAUGUGGGUGCGAUACACAGAGGUAUUGAAGCCUACGCAACUAUGGGUGCGGUACACAGAGGUAGUAGAGCAGUUUUUUUUUUUCGUUGGCCUCUCAAAAGCUGAUUCUUGAAAUUUCUUUCCUCGGAGAUGGCAGACAACUACCCUGAUAUUGCAGAAAAAGUACUGCAGCUGGACAGAAAAAUCCUCGAAUCUAGUGCUCAAACUCAAACUUGACAUCUUUCAGCUGAAUAGAUAAACCAUGUCCUUUUGUAGUUUGGGCGGUGCUGAUCUGUUUGUUCGGUCUUGUUGAAAGCCAACUUUUGUUUUUUGUUGCGGAAAUUGUUGAAUUUUGUGUUGAAGCUUUCUCGUGCGGUUUCAGUGCCCGAACAUCGUAAAGUUGCCGCGUCAAUCACGCUUCUGAAAUAAAGUAAAAUUCUGGUUGCCCGGUAAGCUCUAGAAAUUUGUCAUUGAUCAUAAAUAUAAAAAUAGAAUAUAAAUCGGGUGCGUACUUGGACCAUUGGGUAGUGAAAAGUGUGAUCUUCAAAAGAUGCUUCCAAAUUAAAGGACGUCGACGUCCAGCGCAUCUUCGAUGAUCAAGUCACAAUCUCCUGCCUAGACAAAAAUGAGCACCCAGCACCUUGGUGCAACACAUAACUUUUUUGGCAAGAGCCUUUGCAUAUGACUCGCCGAUGCAUCCCAUUCAAAUGUCGUGAGGCGAGGCAAAAACUCAAUGCGCAGAUCAGAAACGUAACACCCCAUCAGUGGCCUCGCUCCGUAUGCUGUGCUAGUCACUACAGAAGCAAAUGCUCACACACAUAAUUGACUUUUACUUUCACACAUCCUAUAGAAAAAGGCUUAUCAGCAUGGCUCCUAGUGUUCACGCAUUCCUCGGUGCCGACGCUCACCUGCGAACAGGAAACGUUUUUUUUCCCCACGACACAGAGCCAGCUGCGAAGGUAUUAGAAAACGCUUCCUGCAAGCAAGUGAAAGUGAGCGAUCUUGGCGGAAACACAUUGGGAACUAUUAUUGUGCCAAGAGACGAAAAACAGAUUUUGCUCCGCGAAGUGAAGACCCACCUGGUUGCAGUUCGAAGCGGUGCACAAAAGUCAUUGGCUGGUCAAGGAGUUGUUUUGCCAACAGAAAUCAUCGAAAAAGUUCGCUCCAGCUUUUCGGGACGCUGUGAUGAAGAAGCAUCCGAGCCAAUUACAGUGGCGACUACAUCUGUCGGGCCCCAUGGGCGUGGCAAGAAAGCUGAGGGUGAGACCAACUAUGUAAAGAAAGCCAUGAGCUCGAGCAGCACUUCUACAUUUUUCCAGGACGAAGAAAGAUGCAUAGUAUGGGAUGGACGCUUCCCGAUUCCGAUCGGCGAGAUAGCUGACGAAGAGAAAGAUUGCGAAAUUCAGGUUGCCUUCGACGGUCGCGCUCACCAAGCCCUCGACUUUGCUCGCACUCAUUUGCAGCGCAUCUCUGAAAGGAGCCUGAGUUUCUUGCGAAAAAGUAACGAUCAUGAGUUCCAUUACCCUGUUGACGCCGGAGAUAUCGUGUAUGAUAGCGAAGCUGAAAAUGAUACCUGGGAUGAAUACUAUCUUCCGGACGACGCGCAUAACGAGGUUUUUGACGGUGGAUGUUGUUGUCGUAGAUUUGAGUUGGGUGACAUGUGCCUAGUUGAAAAAAUAUCCGCGAGGAGAAACUUCCCUUUCAAGCCCUGUGACUGAAGAUUUGCAUCAUCAUCAAGCCUGCUGUUGAUGUAUGACUAAAUACCAUCUUGAAGAUUGCAGACCGAUCGCGUUCCCAUUGCAGAUUCGUGCAUACGGGGACAGCCUGCUUCAAUGACACUUAUUUUUCACUACAUCUAGAAUAAAUGGGUAUGGGUUCCAGGACUAUGCUUGGAAAGGUUAGUUUUUUGUGUGGAGACAACAUCCGAGAUAUCUAUCCACAUUUUGGCGAAGAUGUGAUCUUUGGAUCUUUAGAUUGGGAGUUUCGUGAAGAACUCGUGAAAUUGACUGUGGAGUCGUCGCUUCUCUGGUACGAGUCAUCAAAUGCCAAGCGGAUCGAGAUGGGAGACAGUCAAGCCCUGUUUCGACAAAGCAAGCCCCUCACAAUACUCGCCUGCAACAUCAGUGGCCUUGCGCUUCGAUACGCAUCGCCGACGCUCCGCAACGAUCCAGAGGUGGUCGAGGUUGCCGUUAGAAAAGACUGGCGGUCCCUUCGCUUCGCGACCGUGCCGAUUCGUUCCUCGCUAGAGUAUUUCGAUAUUGCUCUCUCGGCGAUUGAGCAAAAUGGUUGGGCGUACAAAUAUCUCCGUGGUGAGCUCCACGAACAUCAUGAUCUCAUUCGACUGGCCAUCGCGCACAAGCCAUGGGUCCUGCGUUACGUCGCCGAAGCCUAUCGAGAAUCUAUCGAGCUGGCCAUGGCAGCGGCCCAAAAAGACGGAGUUCCAGCUCUUAAGUUCUUCAACUCAUUAUGAAAAUGCCAUACGCAUGCAUCUCUCAGCUCCACGCAGCAUCAUUCGUGUCCCGGACACCAAAGCUAGGGAGUUAUGCAUGGCAGACAGCACACGUUUUUGUAUUGCAGUACGUGUGUUAUCUGCGUAUUUUCCAACAUAACAAUAGGCACCUUUAUGAACUAGCGUUGCUUUGGGUUUGGGCCAGCAUUCUGCAGGCACGAGAGGAAAAGACGCAUGUUGGCGACAACGGCAUACUCAGAGAAUCAGACCAGGGACCUGCUACGGACUGCAGUUCAAUCCAACGGUCUUGCACUCAAGUACUGCGAUCCUGAGCUUGUUGACAAACACAUUGUCGCCGAUGCACUGCGCGAAAACCCGUACGCACUUCGAUUUGUGACCAAGAAGGACUUCCGAUGCGACCAAGCCCUCCUGCGAGAACUUUUCGAUGGCGCCAGCCCGAUGCUGCGCACCGACUGGCAGAUUCAAGUACCGAUAGGUAAACGUAUGGCAGCCAGAACUCCAUCUCAGAGCCACUGCCCGGGAUCACUCACAACGAUUGCGAUUGACAAUGUCGCCCCGGCGCGCAUCAGAAGGACCUCCCGCACACACCAGUGCUCGUCUUGCUCGCUGGCGCUGCUAAAGUACAAGGACGGGAACAAGCGGCUUCGCUAUCAGAAACGUGAUGAAACCGUCCGCAGACAAGCAUGCUUGAUGCAGCGCUACAUUCAAAUAAGUGACUUCUGCGGUGACGGCGAACACGUCUGUAAUGCAGUAUGCUGCCUACAGCACCACCACUACCCACAUUGCGAAAACCCGAUCGACGUCGGUGUGUGGGAACCUUUCACGCUUCCAGGUCUAGCAGCCCGCUUUGAUGACGUUCAAGAAGAGGAGUACGACAGUGUUCCGGAAGAGCUGUCCGCCUUGGUGUUGCAGUAUGAAUCGCCUUUGCAGGAUCGAAUUCGUGACUCGGAAGAAGUAGUGUCUCGUUGCGUACAACUUGAUGGACUAGCCCUCGAACAUGCGAGUCCACGGCUUCGUCAAAACCGGGAGAUCGUAAGAAGCGCAGUUGCGCACAAUCAUGACGCCCUCCUUUUUGCCGGGAGCGCUCUUCGCAAAGAUCCUGACUUCAUAGUCCAGCUAAUGGAGGACACAUGUGCCGAAGUAUUUUGGAAUGCCGACGACGAAAGUGUGCGGGACAUGUUGCUGCAAGGACAGGCAAGACCGGAUCUGUCUUCACGUGCAUUAAUGGUGUAUCCUUCGCUUCUGAAAUUUCUUUCCUCUGACAUGCCAAACUACCCUGGCGUUGUAGAAGAAGUACUACGGCUGGACGGAAAAAUGCUCGAGUUCCUCCCACCGGCCUUUCGAAGCGACAGAAACCUUGUCAAGAUAGCGAUGAAAUCAGGCGGUUUGUUGCACCACGCACCAGAGACGCUGCAAAGCGAUGCUGCGUAUGAAAGGAAGCGAAGCCUUCACCUUCCCGACACGUGUUAAGAUACAUUUGUUGAUGAAUGUUGUGCAUUUCUUGUUUUGAUCCCUAGUAUCACGGCUUGGUCUUCUUAUCACUUCUGUGGUGGGUGGAGCAUAUGUGGCAGCCCGCUUUGCGUCAACACGCCUUGCGCUCGCGCUGGAAUGUGAAAAAAAUCCAGGACAGAGCGCAGGUUCCAGGAUUCUUCUAUUGACAUUCGAUAUUUGACAUACAGAAAUGGCAUUGAUCGCGCUAUCCGCGACAGCAGCGUGACAAAUUACGUGUAUUUGUAUAAAUAAACCAUGGGGAAUGUGGAUCUUCUUCUUGUCCAUAACCAUCUGAUCAGAGAGAUGUUUCUGUCGCACUCGGCGCAGUUGGAUGAGCCGACCACACCACCCUACGAAGACAAGCGCUUCCUCAAGACUUAUUGGCCGUAUACAAACGACAACCCAUGCGACGACUCGGAACUGCUAGAAGCUGCGCUCCGCCUUGCUGUAGCGAACCACGAGCACAUUCAUCCGCUAGUUGCUGAUGUACCGGCGAUUGUACGCCUAACCCUGCGGGACCUGCGCACCUCUCUUGGACUGCGUCAUCCGGGUAAGGUACCAAAGAGCCUGGAUGAAAUACCGCAGGUGAUGCGAAGCGAUCCCUUUGUCCAGCGAGAGUUCUACGUGGAAACCGUCACUCGGAGUGGGCGCAACCUGGAGCGCAGCGUCAUUUUAGCAGGAAUCAAAUCCGAAAACCCUUUGUUUUCCGCCGUUUUGUUUUUCCACAUGAAUCUGGAAGACGAGAAUUCGCCUUUCUAUUCCAUUCAGGAGGACGCAGAGCAAUACGCACUCGCAGCGCUACGCGAGACGGAUUCCGGUGUAGACUUAUACUACCUGUUUCCGAAAGCCGUUCGGGCCUCGCUUGAAGUCCAAGAUGCCUUCUUGAACCUGUGUGGCGAGCCACUGGAAAUAGGCAAUUUAGUGGGUUUCGCUUUAAUGAACUGUCCGGAGCUCGCACGCAGAAGAUGCCCACCAUGCGAUGCUGGCGCAUGGUCCAAAUACGAGCGAAGCCGCAAGAGCGUUGCGCCGGAAGUGACCUGGCAGACGAGUGCCGCGCGCCUGUCACGGUUUUCGGCUCCGGAACAAUUUCUGCGAUUCCGACUCCCUGAUGCAUUCAAAACGCCCGAGAAAGCGACGCUGCUGAGCACGGCAGAGGCACGUCUUUCUUCCCGAGCUACCUAAGAGCCCAUUUAGCAUGUCCACUACGGGAUCUAAGUCCGGGGGGAAAAUACCUGCCGAAGGGGUUUAGGCACCUCGAACAAGAUGUGCGAUUUGAGCUCAAAUGAGCAGACCAGGGCUUGUUGGACGAACGUGCUCAUUACUGACAAGCACAUAGCAACCGUCUUCUUGCAAUCUUUGACUUUGCGUUGCACAAGAAAGGGUAGUGAGGCGCUUGCACUGGUUCGAUCGAAACAAGAGUAAGAUAAGCGCUCAACGGUAAAAAAGUGUGACCAUUGUGGAUGAUAGAUUUAUUUCCGUUCAGCCGAUGGCAGUUUCAGUAACAUCGCAAUUCUUGUAUGAUGGUUUUAUUCAAGAGGAUAGAUGAGAACAAGACGAAGCUACGAAGAAAUUUGAACGCAAGUUGUGCACGUGGAUAAUUCUGAUGCAAGACAAGAAAAUUCAAAUAAAACGAACCGUCGAAAUGGUUUUGUCUUUGCUCGAGUUCCCACCUUAAUUCCGUAGCGCGUCGGCUUGACAUCUUUCAGCUGGAUAGAUAAAUGUAAUGCAGAUCAAAUCACCAUGUAGAUCUGAUGACACGAUGCAAACCGCCUGAAAUCCACGAUCUGAAAUCACUCCAUCCCGAGCGAAGAGCGAUGCAAAUCGAGAGAUGAUGAUGUGAUGAUGAUGAUGAACUUGUUCCUUUCCCCAAUGCAACAGUUACGUGGAUACUAGUGCUGUAGGGUGUACACCGCCCUACAUGGUGGUAUUAGUGUUCUAACAAUAAACCAUGUCAUUUUGUAGUUGGGGCGGUGCUGAUCUCUUUGUUCGGUCUUAUUGAAAGUCAAAUUUUGUCUUUUUUUGCGGAAAGUGUUGAAUUUUGUGUUGAAGUUUUCUCGUGCGGUUUCAGUGCCUGAACAUCGUAAAAGUGCCUCGUCAAUCACGCUUCUGCAAUAAAUUAGAAUUCUAGAAGUUGCCUGGUAUGCUUUAGAAAUUUAUCAUUGAUCAUAAAAAAAUAUAAAAACAACUGGUCGGGUGUGUACUUGGACCAUUGGGUAGUGAAAAGUGUGACCUUCAAAAGAUACUUUCAAAUUACGAGAGGACGUCGACGUCCAGCGCAUCUUCGAUGAUCAAGUCACGUUCUUCUGCCUAGAUAAAUAUGAGCAUCUUGCACGUUGGUGCAACAAAUAACUUUUUUUGGCAAGAGUGUCUCUAUAUGAGUCGCCGAUGCAUCGCAUUCAAAUGUCGCGAAGCAAAGACUCAAUGUUCAAAUCAGAAACGCAACACCCCAUCAGACAGUGACCUCGUUGCGUACUUGCCAGUCGCUGCAAUAGCAAAUCCGCACGCACAUAAGACUUUUACUUUCACACAUCCGAUAGAGAAAGUCUCAUCAGCAUGGCUCCUGCUGUUAACGCACUCCUCGGCGCGGACGCUCACCUGCGGUUGCGGACAGAAAACAUUUUUUUUCCCCACGGAACAGAGCCAGCUGCGAAGGUAUUAGAAAACGCUUCCUGCAAGCAAGUGAAAGUGAGCGAUCUUGGCGGAAACACAUUGGGAACUAUCAUCGUGCCAAAAGACGAAAAACAGAUUUUGCUCCGCGAAGUGAAGACCCACCUAAUUGCAGGUCGAACCGCCGGUGCAGAAAUUUCAUUGGCUGGUCAAGGAGUUGUUUUGCCAACAGAAAUCGUCGAAAAAGUUCGCUCCAGCUUUUCGGGACGCUGUGAUGAAGAAACAAAAGCAUCCGAGCCAAUUACAGUGGCGACUAUGUCUGUCGGGCCCCAUGGGCGUAGCCAGAAAGCUGAGGAUGAGACAAAGAGUCUAAAGAAAACCAUAUGUUCGAGCAGCACUUCUACAUUUUUGCAGGACGAAGAAAGGUGCAUAGUAUGGGAUGGACGCUUCCCGAUUCCAACCGGCGAGACCGCUGACGAGGAGAAAGCUUGCGAAAUUCAGGUCGUCUUCGAUGGUCGUGCUCAGCAAGCGCUCGAAUUCGCUCGCGCCCAUCUGCAGCGCAUCUCUGCGCGGGACCUGCGUUUCUUACGAAAGAAACAUGUUGACGAGUUCAACUACCCUGUUGACGACGGAGAUGUUGUAGCUGAUAGCGAAGCUGAAGAUGAUACCUGGGAUGAUUACGAUCUUCCGGACGACGCCGAUAAUAAUUUUUUUGAUGGUGGAUGUUGUUGCCGUAGGUUUCAGCUAGGCGGCAUAUGCCUGGUUGAAAAAAUAUCCACGCGGAGGAACUCCCCUUUCAAAUCCGAAGCUAAAAUCUCUCCCCUUGCAACUUGAGGUUUGCAUCAUCAUCAAGUAGACUUCUGCUGAUGUAUGACGACAUCUUAUCUCAGAGAUUCCCUAUAACGAGUGAAUCGAUUGGUCGACAAGGUUCUUCUAUCUAAAAAAAGAAUGUAACUUUUGUGUUUAAUUACAAAGAAAACAUUCCAUUUCUAGGAUUACAGUAUGAAGGGGGAGUUUUUCGGUCGGAGACAGCAUCCAAGACAUGUAUCCACAUUUUGGCGAAGAUUUGACUUUCGGCUCUUUAGAUUGGGAGUUUCGUGAAGAGCUCGUGAAACUGACAGUGGAAGCGUCGCUCCUCUGGUACGAAUCAUCAAAUGCCAAGCGGAUCGAGAUGGGAGACAGUGAAGCCCUGUUUCGCGAAAGCAAGCCGCUUACACUACUCGCGUGCAACAUCAAUAGCCUUGCUCUUCGAUACGCAUCACCGACCCUUCGCAACGAUGCAGAGGUAGUUGAAGUUGCUGUCAGAAAGGACUGGCGGUCCCUUCGGUUUGCAAGCGUGCCGAUCCGUUCCUCACUCCAGUACUUGGAUAUUGCUCUAUCGGCGAUCAAUCAAAAUGGUUGGGCGUACAAAUAUCUCCGCAGCGAGCUGCAGGAGCAUCAUGAUGUCAUUCGAACGGCCAUCUCGCACAAACCUUGGGUCCUGCGUUACGUCCCCGAACAACAUCGAAACUCCACCGAGCUUGCCAUGGCCGCGGCCCAGAAAGACGGAGUUCCAGCUCUUAAGUUUUUCAACUCAUUAUGAAAAAGCCAUAGCCAUGCAUCUCGCAGCUGGAGCCCAGCAUGCGUGUGCCAGACAUCAAAGCUAGGAAUUUAUGCUUGCCGAAGCAGAAAGUUUUUAUUUAUUGCAGUAUGUAUACGCGUAUUUUCCAGAAAAAUGCAAAAAAGCACGGAUAUGAAGUGACGUUGCGACCGGCUUUGGCUUUGGGCACGCAAGUGGACUCCUGCACGAGAGAAAAUGACGCAAGGCGGCAACUGCAUACACUGAAUAUCAGACCAAGGAGCUCUUACGGACCGCAGUCCGGUCAAACGGUCUUGCACUCAAGUACUGUGUUCCUGAGCUUGUCGACAAACCCAUAGUCGCCGACGCCGUCCGCGAAAACCCAUACGCACUUCGAUUUGUGACCAAUGACGACUUCCGAUGCGAUCAAGCCCUCCUGCAGGACCUUUUGGACGGCCACAGUCCGAUGCUGCGUACGGACUGGCACAUCCAAUUGCCGAGAAGUACAUCUAUGCUAGCCGGAACUCAACCUCAGAGCCGCAGCUCGGAACCACUCAAGACCACAAAUGCAGUUGACGAUGUCGUCCCGCGCAUCAAAAAUAAGUGCUCGUCCUGCUCACUGGCGCUGCUGAAAAACAAGGCCAAGGGCAAGCGGAUUUGCUAUCACGAGCGCGAUGAAACCAUACGAAGGCAAGCAUGCUUGAUGCAGCGUUACAUUCAAAUAAGUGACUUCUGCGGUGACGGUGAGCACGUAUGUAAUGCAGUAUGCUACCGACAGGACCACUACUACCCCAACAGCAUAGAACCACUCAACUUCGGUGAGUGGGACCCCUUCACGCUUCCUAGUCUAGCAGCACGCUUUGAUGACGUUCAGGAAGAGGAAUACGGCAGUGUUCCAGAAGAGCUUUCAGCCUUGGUCUUGCAGUACGAAUCGCCUUCGCAGCAUCGAGUUCGUGACUCAGAAGAAGUAGUGCGUCGUUGCGUACAACUUGAUGGACUAGCCCUCGAACAUGCGAGCCCGCGGCUUCGCCAAAACAAGGAAAUUGUAAGAGCCGCAGUUGCACAAAAUCAUGACGCCCUCCUUUUUGCCGGAACCAACCUUCGCCAAGAUCCUGAAUUCGUAGUCCAACUCAUGGAGGACACAUGUGCCGAAGUAUUUUGGAAUGCUGACAAAGAAGGUGUGCAGGACAUCUUGCUGCAGGGACAGGCAAGGCCGGAUCUGUCUUUGCGGGCACUACUCGUGUGCCCGUCGCUCUUGAAAUUUCUUUCUUCGGAGAUGGCAGACUACCCUGGCAUUGCAGAGAAAGUACUGCAGCUGGACGGAAAAAUCCUCGAGUUCCUCCCACCGGCCUUCCGAAGCGACAGACACUUCGUGAAGAUAGCGAUGAAGUCGGGCGGUUUGUUGCACUACGCACCGGAAACGCUGCAAAGUGACCCUGAGUAUGAAAAGAAGCGAAGGCUUAACUUUCCCGACAUUUGUGAAAAUAGAUAUUUUCGUGGUCUGUGCGCAUCCUUGUUGUGUAUCGAUUCUUUGCGAUCUCGACAUGAUAUUCUGAUCGCAUUUUUGAUGGGUGUAGCAUAUGCAGCAGCCCGCUUUUCGUCAAACUUCCAAGCUCUGCCGAAUGAAUGUGAAAUCUCCCACAGAGCGCGUGCCAGAUAUCUUGUUCUACCUAUGUAUUGACAUUUAAUAUAAUUUUGUAUGACAGAGAGGACAGCACUCAGCGCAUUAUGCGCGAGACAAAUUACAGAAAACCAUGGGGAACGUGGGUCUCCUUCUUGUCCAUAGCCACCUGGUCAAGGAUAUGUUUUUGUCGCACUCGGCGCAGUUGGAUGAGCCGACCACGGCACCCUACGCAGACAAGCGCCACCUUAAACCAUACUGGCCUUAUACAAUUGACAAUCCGUGCAACGACUCGGAACUGCUCGAAGCCGCGCUCCGCCUUGCUGUAGCGAACCACGAGCACAUUCAUCCUCAAGUUGCUGAUGUUCCCUCGAUUGUGCACCUGACCUUGCCGGAACUGCGCUACUCUGUUGGUUUGGUUUACCUCGGCAAAGUGCCAAAGGGUCUGGAUGAAAUCCCACAGGUGAUGCGAAGCGAUCCUUUUGUCCAGCGAGAGUUCUACGUGGAAACCGUCACUCGGCGUAGGCGCAACCUGGACCGGGACGUCAUUUUAGCGGGAAUCAAAUCCGAAAACCCGAUGUUUUGCGCCGAUUUGUUUUUCAACAUGAACCUGGAGGAUGAGAAUUCGCCUUUCUACUCCGAUCAAGAGGACGCAGAGCAGUACGCACUUGCAGCGCUGCGCGAAACCGAUGCUGGUGUAGACUUGUACUACCUCUUUCCGAAAGCCGUUCGGGCCUCGCUUAAUGUCCAAGAUGCGUUCUUGAACCUGUGUGGCGAGCCGCUGGAAAUAGGAAAUUUAGUGGGUUUCGCUUUAAUGAACUGUCCGGAGCUCGCACGCAGAAGAUGCCCACCAUGCGAUGCUGGCGCAUGGUGCAUGUACGAGCGAAGCCGGAAGAGCGCCGCGCCGGAAGUGACCUGGCAGACGAGCAAGAAGUACAGUCCCCCGGAACGGUUUCUGCGAUUGCGACUUCCUGAAUCAUUCAAAACGCCCGAGAAAGCGACGUUGCUAAGUACGGCAGAGGCGCGUCUUUCUUCGCGCGCCUAAGAGCACAUUUCGCACGUCCACUGCCACUGCGAGAUCUAAGUCUGGGAGAAAAAUACAACUUGCAGAAGCGGUUUCUCGAAUAAUUCUAAAAUCGUGGCCGUUGAUGUGCGAUUUGACCUCGAAUGAGCAGACCAGAGCUGGUUGGACGAACGUUCUCAUUGCUGACAACUACGCAGCAACCGGCUUCCUGCAAUCUUUGACUUUGCGUUGGUAAAGGGUAGUGAGGCACUGGCACUUCAAUCGAAAUAUGAGUAAGAUAAGCGUUCAACGGCAAAAAAGCAUGGACUUGGUGAAUGAUAGACUCUGUUGAGCCGAUGGCAGUUUCCAUGACAUCGCAAUUCUUGUAUGAUGGUUUUCCUUUAACAGGAUAGAGAACAAGACGAAGCUACAGAAAAAUUGAUUUGAACGCAAGUUGUGCACGUGGAUAAUUCUGAUGCGAAGGAGAAAACUGAAAUGAAACGAACUGUCGAAAUGGCUUCGUCUUUGCUCGAUUUCCCACCUUGAUUCCGUGGCCAAUAUUGCGGCGGCUAGUAAACUAGAAUGUGUCGCCUGCCCCCCACUUCCGGACCGCAGGGCCCGGAGAUUCCUCCCCGACUUCGCAGUGGAUCGACCGUCAGGGGAAAGGCGUGUGCCUGCUCGAUCUGUUGUUCUGGAUCUUUUUCGAAAGUGUCAUCAGUCCAUCCAUUUCUACUUUGGAUUUCUGUCGCAGAUUCAUUUUCUUUCAUGAAGAAGACCGGAUGACAAAAAAGAUAAAGAGCGCCCUGGGUGUCUCUUGUGGUUCUGAAACUAAGGCAGGCUCCUGUGUCCGAAGUUGCUUGAGGCGAAGACGCAAAGGCUCUUGAUGCGGUGCAGUCGUUUACGCAUGACAAUAAGCUGAUAAAUUAUGAAAACGUGACCUAUUGAGGCUUCGGGAAAACCUAGAAAACAUCAUGACAUUUAGGGCAUUUAUAUAUCACUUUUAGUCGUGGUUGAGUGAUCUUGUUUGACUACCACGAGAUCUACUUUCACGCGUUCUGGCAGGAGUGAGAAAAGGGCGCCAUGGAGAAUGAUCAUGAACUGUCCCGGAAAAGGGCUCCAUGGAGAUGAAAUUUGCAUUCAUGCUAAGCCUUUCGAGCAUAAUCAGACAUGAUUGAUCCACACUCGUUCCCUUGUUUCAUUUUUGACUCCUAAGGAAAGAAAAUGGAAAAUCUUUUCACCAGCUACUUUUUUGUGGGUCGUCGGCUUUAAGAUAGUACUUACUCGUAUUUGUAAUCCAUUGUUGCCUAGUGCCACGGCUGCAGCUCUUGUCAACAUUGAUUUGAACGGUAUUGCCUCAAAAGGCGGUGUAUCUUCUGGCUCCUGAAUAGAACGCACAUGCAAAAAUGGCAGCAUCUUUCCGCCCCAGCGUGCCACUUCAUCAGCUCAGCCCGGGAUUGGCUGCGUGCUGGCGCUGGCCGCAGAAACGGCGCUACUCCAUCUGUACAGGAUUACUAUUCCUCUACCAUCAGCUCGCGACCAUAUCGCAAGUGAUUGCUCUGUCAUCUUCGUCCAGCGCCUCGAACUACUACAUUAGCGAAAGCAACGUUGAGCAAGUGCCGCGGCUGCAAGCGCCUGGGGGUGCGAUUCCUCCGCUGCGGCUGCGUCGCAUCAUCCGUACACAGCAGCCCAAGAUGCGCCCAAGAAGGGUUCCGCUUCCGGAUUCAAUACUGAGCGGUGACCUGCAAGCUGAGCAUGAAUCGGGACCCGAUCGUGUCGAGCAAGUCCGUACUGCUUAUCAAAAUUGCUCUUCGGGAUCGGUAUCUUGUGUAUCUUCAAUUGCAAUACGGGCUCCGGCAGACGUCGCAGCCCCAUGUCACCCAGUAGCGGAAAACCCUUCUGUGGUUCCAAAUACCACGACAGUAAUCUCGUCGACAUCCGCUAGUGGCUCAACAACUCUUAUUUCCUCAGGGGCUACUCGUCGCGCUUCGCGGUCGCGGUCUCGCAGUAGGCUCUCACGUCAAGAAGCUGUUGUCCGAGUUGGAGCAAACCGUCAGCAGUCAUCUGGCUCUACUGCAGCACCGUCGGCAACACGCCUGCAAUCAAACGCUCAAUCCCUGCAAUCAUCAGCGCCGCAGCCAACGUCUACGUCUUCUGUGCAGGGUCCACAAGAGCCUUCACAUGGCGCCGAGGAUGCGCCAGCACAUUGGGGCCACGGGAGAGACCUCGGACCGGUUCACAAUGGAACUUUUCCUGCCGGUCCUGCAGUUGUGGCACCUGUGCCCGCCGGACAAGAGGCAACCUCGGUUGCGAGCAUUUCCAAUAUGGGUGUGACGAACAGCUCGGCACUACCAACUGCGCCAUCCAAUUUCACUCCUAGCGGUCGUCAAAAUUGUCCUCCCACACCAACUCCCGCGACGUCGCCUGAAGUUGCAGUGAUUGUUACGCUACAAACAGGACAGACGCCUGCCUGUGCCCCCGGGGCUCCCGCUGCAAAAGGUACGCCAGCGGCACCUGCUCCGACAGCGCCUGCUCCGACAGCGCCUGCUCCUGUAGUGCCUGCUCCUGUAGCGCCUGCUCCGGCAGCGCCUGCUCCGGCAGCGCCUGCUCCGACAGCGCCUGCUCCUGCAGCGCCUGCUUCUGCAGUGCCUGCUCCUGCAUCGCCUGCUCCUGUAGCGCCUGCUCCGGCAGCGCCUGCUCCGGCAGCGCCUGCUUCUGCAGUGCCUGCUCCUGCAUCGCCUGCUCCUGUAGCGCCUGCUCCGGCAGCGCCUGCUUCGGCAGCGCCUGCUCCUGCAGCGCCUGCUCCUGCAGCACCUGCUCCUGCGUCGCCUGCUCCUGCGUCGCCUGCCCCUGCGUCGCCUGCUCCUGCGUCGCCUGCUCCUGCAUCGCCUACGCUAUCCCUAGGCUCGGAAUCAGCGUGGAACCAGGGUGAUAGUCGGCAUCGCCCCGCCUUCCUCGCUGCGCAAGUAACAUCUCCUGCAGUGCCAGCUUUGCCGCCGCCGCGACCGCCAUCUCCUCCGCGAGCACGAAGUCCUUCACCCUGGAGUUCUCCCCCUCCCAGUCCUGAUGAUUAUGGGAGCACGCCUGGCGGAGGUCCUUAUGCCGGUCUGUAGCACGCCGGGCGUAGGAGGAUGUUAGGUAUCGUUGCAUGUGUACGCACAGCCGCGAAUUAGUAUGUACUUACAAAUACGAGAUUCACGUCGGUGAGAGAGAUACUGAAGCAUUUUGGUUUCGCCUCGUCCAGUAUGUUCUCCACAAACACAUCCAUGUCAUUUGCUUGCUGGAAGGAGGCCGGUUGUAUGAUUUCUUUUCCUAGUACUAAAACGGCGCACCUUGUUCAUAGUUCACG